AUGACAGAGAAGCCAGACUCGCAGAUCGACUACCAGGAAGCCAUCAGCUACUGGACCGGGGUCCCCGCCACCGUUGACGGCGUGCUAGGUGGCUACGGGCCAGAGACCCCAGUGCCGGCGAUGGACAUCCAUGGGUCUAUGAGCUUCUUGCGCAAGCUGAAGUCACGUAUGGUGCCAGCACCUGGGAUGCCUAGAUACAGCGUCGAUAUCGGUGCAGGCAUCGGCCGUGUCACUAAGGACUUGCUCGUGAAGGUCAGCGACAAGGUCGACCUUGUGGAGCCCGUGAAGCCUUUCGUUGAUAAGGCGCGUAUGGAGCUGGCGCACCUCGCAGACGAGGGCAAGCUGGGCGCUAUCUACGAAGUAGGCAUGCAAGACUGGACCCCAGAUCAGGGCAAGUACUGGCUCAUCUGGUGCCAGUGGUGUGUGGGCCAUCUCCCAGACGAGGAGUUUCUACGCUUCCUUGACCGUUGCGUACGCGGCCUGCAACCCAACGGUACCAUUAUCAUCAAGGAAAACAAUACCAUCGGCGAAGACGACUUUGAUCCGCAAGACAGCAGCGUCACCCGCACAGAUGACAAGUUCCGCGCCCUAUUUGCACAGGCCGGCAUGAAGCUCAUCGCCACCGACCGCCAGAAGGGCCUCCCGGCGGAGCUCUACCCAGUACGCAUGUACGCACUGAAGCCCGCUCAGUCUACGUAA